AUGCGGAGCCGGUGCUCUGUGGCCCGCGCCCUGGUCCUGGCCGGCCUCUGGCUGGCCUCAGCCGGUGUCCCCCUAGCUCUCUCGGACGCUGGGCCACACGUGCACUACGGCUGGGGCGAGGCCAUCCGCCUGAGGCACCUGUACACCGCCGGCCCCCACGGCCCCACCAGCUGCUUCCUGCGCAUCCGUGCCGACGGCGCGGUGGACUGCGCGCGGGGCCAGAGCGUGCACAGUUUGGUGGAAAUCAGAGCGGUCGCCCUUCGGAACGUGGCCAUCAAGGGCGUGGACAGCGUUCGUUACCUCUGCAUGGGAGCUGAUGGCAGAAUGCUAGGGCUGCCUCAGUACUCGGCCGAGGACUGUGCUUUCGAGGAGGAGAUCCGACCCGAUGGCUACAACGUGUACUGGUCCAAGAAGCACCAGCUCCCCGUCUCCCUGAGCAGUGCCAAACAGAGGCAACUGUACAAGGAGAGGGGCUUUCUGCCCCUGUCCCACUUCCUGCCCAUGCUGCCCAGGAGCCCAGCGGAGCCCGAAAACCUCGAGGACCAUUUGGAGUCUGACACAUUUUCUUCACCCCUGGAAGCGGACGGCAUGGACCCUUUUGGAAUCGCCAGUGAACUGAGGCUGGUGGAAAGUCCCAGCUUUCAGAAAUAACUGAGGUUCUGGCCUCCCCCUGCCCUUAGAG